GCAGCACACCCCCCAAUGGCACCCCGCCCGUCAACAAGACCAGUUGACAAUCAAGGCUGACGCAGCGCUUCCCCUUCCUCGGCACAAAGCGCGGCAUCGCCGUCCUGGUCGCCGCCAUCCUCUUGGUCGUCGGCGGCGGUCUAUCGGGCCUGGCUGCGCUGCGCACCCGAAAUGGAGGCGGAAGCGGGUCUGCAUCGGCUACUGGUGGCGAAGAAGGGAAUGAUGUGGAGGAGAUCACGGAUGAUGCGUUCUUCUAUGGGAUGUCGCCUGCUGUUUACCCUUCGCCAAUCAUGACUGGACAAGGGGAGUGGGCUGAGGCCUUCCGGAAGGCGAGGGAGGUGGUGGGGAGGAUGACGCUCGAGGAAAAGGUCAGCUUGACCGCCGGCGUGAGCUCCAACACCAGCUGCCCUGGCUUUCUGCCCGGUAUCCCGCGGCUCGGGUUUCCUGGCAUGUGCCUGGCUGAUGCAGGCCAAGGGCUCCGAGGGACAGACUUUGUCAGCACCUGGCCGAGCGGGAUCCAUGUCGGCGCCAGCUGGAACAAGGCACUUGCUCGUCAGCGGGGAGCGGGAAUGGCAGGGGAGUUCAAAACCAAGGGAGUGAAUGUGCUGCUUGGCCCGGCCAUUGGGCCCGCUGGUCGCGUCGUGUUGGGUGGGAGGAACUGGGAAGGCUUCUCAAGUGACCCCUACUUGUCGGGCGCUUUGGUGUACGAGACAGUCACGGCGAUACAAGCUGCUGGCGUCAUUACCAGCACCAAGCACUACAUCGCCAACGAACAAGAGACACAUCGGAACCCUUCGGGCGAGAUACAAUCCGUGUCGUCAAACGUGGAUGACAGGACCAUGCAUGAGUUCUACUUGUGGCCCUUUCAAGAUGCCGUUCACGCUGGCACUGGCAACAUCAUGUGCUCGUACCAGCGACUCAACAACUCGUACGGCUGCGCGAACAGCAAGUCGCUCAACGGCCUUCUCAAGAACGAGCUGGGCUUUCAGGGCUGGGUUGUCAGCGACUGGGGCGCGCUCCACGCAGGGGCUGCCGCGGCUCUGGCGGGCUUGGAUGUGGCCAUGCCUAGUGGCGCUGGUCUCUGGGGAUCCCACCUGGUGGAUGCUGUCAACAAUGGCUCGCUUCCCGAGAGUCGGAUGGACGACAUGGUGAUCAGGACUCUCGCGUCAUGGUACAAGGUAGGCCAGGACCAAGACUUUCCCCAGCCCGGCGUAGGCAUGGCCGCAGACCUAACUAGACCGCACCCCAUCGUCAACGGGCGAAACUCGUCGUUCCGUUCCACCCUCCUCGACGGUGCCAUCGAAGGCCACGUCCUCGUCAAGAACGAGCGCAACGCCCUCCCGCUCAAGACCCCCAGACUGCUCUCCCUCUUCGGCUAUUCGGCCAAGAACCCGGACCGCAACAACCCGACCGCCGGCCUCUCCCCCUGGCUCUGGGGGAGCGAAUCGUCCAACUUUUCCGAGUUCACCGACGUCUUCUACGGCUUCUCCCCCAACAACUGGAGCCCCAACCGCACCGCCGUCGCCAUCAACGGCACAAUCUACUCGGGCGGCGGCUCCGGCGCCACCUCCCAGUCCACCGUGCUGUCACCCUUUGACGUGCUGCUCCACCAGGCCGCCGACGACGGCACGGCGCUGUUUUGGGAUUUUGUCUCGGCCGCGCCCGCUGUCCAUCCCAUGUCCGACGCCUGCAUCGUGUUUGGCAACGCCUUCGCGGCCGAGGGCGCCGACCGCCCCGCGCUGAGCGACGAGUAUACCGACGCGCUAAUCCGGCACGUCGCGGACCGGUGCGGUAGCACCGUGGUCGUGCUGCACAACGCGGGCGUGAGGCUGGUCGAGGGGUUUGUCGAACACCCGAAUGUGACGGCGGUCAUUUUCGCGCACCUGCCCGGCGAGAUGUCGGGCCGGGCCACGGUCGAGGUGCUGUAUGGACGGGUGAGCCCGUCGGGAAAAUUGCCGUAUACCGUGGCCAGGAAUGCGAGUGACUAUGCGGUGCUCGGGCCGGAUCGGGUGGAGGAGCAGGAGGGGAGGUUCAGGAGGUUUCCGCAGAGCGACUUUGACGAGGGCGUUUUUCUUGAUUAUCGGCAUUUUGAUAAGGAGGGGAUCGAGCCGAGGUAUGAGUUUGGGUUUGGGCUGAGUUAUGCCGAGUUUGGGUAUGCGAACUUGGUGGUGAGCAAGGCCGCCGACGGGCGCUUUGAUGAGUAUCCCGUCGGGGAGGUGGCGCAGGGCGGGCAGGAGGAUUUAUGGGAUGUCCUGGUCGAGGUCGCUGCUGAUGUGACGAAUACGGGCGGCGUGGAUGGCGCCGAGGUUGCGCAGCUGUAUGUGGGCAUCCCGGCCCAGGGCGCCCCGGUGCGGCAGCUUAGGGGGUUCGAGAAGCCCUUUUUGAAUGCCUCGGCCACGGCAACGGUCAGGUUUGGGCUAACGAGGCGAGAUCUGAGCGUGUGGGAUGUUGUGGCGCAGAAAUGGCGCUUGGUGAGGGGCGAGUAUACGGUUGAGGUGGGAGGGAGCAGCAGGAAUCUGCCCCUGGUUGGGAAGGUUACAAUUUGAUGAAUGUAGCGCUGCGGUUUGGAGUUGGAUGUUCGUUCAUUUGCUUGUGUUUUAGGAUAUGACUGAUCUGGAUGUGUAUGGAUUAU